AUGCCCUACACAUUUGACUGGGUGAGCAAGGAUGUGGUCAAAAAGCUUCAAGGAAAAGAUCUGAGGCCAGUCAGACGCCUGUCAGAUGCAACCAAAUUCCGCCAGUUUGACAUACUUCAGAAGACUCCGCAGUCAUUGUUCUUUAAAUCUGAAGAUACUCCGGUCGGAUAUUCCCUUCUGCAGAUCUUGGAGCCCAAUUUUCCCGUCCCAGAGCCUGAAGUGUCAGCUCCCAUCCCCCUCAAACACAUCAUAUCCCAGAAACUGAAGGCUAACGUGGAUGUCAAAGCCGCCAUUGCAGACGGAGGUGCAUCGGCAGAGUUUGUUCAGUCCUGUGGAUAUGACAUCGAGGUUCAGAGUAGGAGCAUCCCAGAUUCAAAACUGGAAAGUCUCCAAAACAGGAAACUGUUGGAUAAGGAGCCAUCAUUUGUGACAGAUUGCCGGAUGGGAAGGAACAACCUGUAUGUGGUGACAGAGGCCUUUGAAGUGACCAAGGAUACCGUGGUGGAAGGUAGCAGCAGCAUUGGCCUUUCAGGCAAAGCGCUCGUCUCCCAGUUGGUCAAGGGUGAAGCCCAGGGACAGUGGCAAAGGGAAAUAACAGAUUCAGUACCUAUUCAAAAGGGUGCAGUGUUGGCCUACAAGAAGAAGCAAUUGGUCAUUGAGAAUAACACUUGUGCCAUUCUCCUUUCUGCUAAUGCUAAGAAGAAGACCUUUCCAGGAAUAUUUAAUAUGAUACCCAAGUAUAUUGCAAUGUCGCCACAGUCAUGUACUCUAAAAAUGGAGAUAGGCUUGUGGAUAGAUUACAUCCCUCCAAUUGGACGUAUAGAGGAGCCCGUCCAUCUAGAUUUCAAGUACCUAGAAAAGGAAGUUUUCCUACGCAAAGAGCAACUGGCUAUGCUCUCAAAGGAUGUUCAAGAUGUUGUGUUCUCCAGUCUCCUGCCCAUGCUCAGUGACAGUGAUGUUCUGUAUGACCUGAUAAACAUGCUGGAGUUGGAUCAGUUGGGGCAUAUGGAUGGCCCAGCUGGCUUAAUCCUAGAUGAGCUGAGAAAGAACUCAAGCGCCCCAUGGAUUGACUUAAAGGAACCCCUUCUUUAUCUCCUUCAAGCCCUAAUGGUGCUGAGUGAUACCCAACUCGAUCUGCUGGCCCAGUCUAUGGAGAUGCGGAUCCUCCUGCAGCAAAGAGAGCUGGUAAGGAGCAUCCUAGAGCCAAAUUUCAAGUAUCCCUGGAACAUUCCCUUCACACUCCAGCCUCAGCUUCUCGCCUCACUCCAGGGUGAGGGUUUGGCCAUUACUUAUGAAUUGCUGAAGGGGUGUGGUCUGAAGAUGGAGCUGAAUAACCCCAGGUCAACUUGGGUUUUGGAAGCCAAGAUGCCCCUGUCAGCUCUUUAUGGGAUCCUGUCAUGUUUACAGCAACUCACAGAAGCCUAAAUCUUCCUCCGAGCCUGGCCUCAGUCCUAGAUACAUUCGAGAUACUGCACUAUCAGCAUUCACAAGAGUGGUGAUUUGAGUGUGUGCUUUAGGCUGGUGGGAAUAAAGAUGCAAUUUUUUUAAA